GGCCAAUCAACAGCCGUUUCGCCACGCCGUAUUGAGGAAUAUUCCAGAGGGUUCUGGAAGCUGUCAGCGUUCUCGAACAGUCUGAAGAAACCUUAUAAAGAGGACGAAUUUGCCACUUGUGCCGCUUUGAGUCAACGCUGAACUGUAACCACAAACACUGCGGACCAAGAUGCCCGAGUUAGUGGACCAACAAAUGGAGGAGGCAGAGGUGGAGACCUUUGCAUUCCAGGCUGAGAUAGCUCAGCUGAUGUCCCUCAUCAUCAACACCUUCUAUUCCAACAAAGAGAUCUUCCUCAGGGAGCUCAUCUCCAACUCCUCCGAUGCUUUGGACAAAAUCCGUUAUGAGAGCCUUACCGACCCCUCCAAGCUGGAUAACGGCAAGGACCUCAAAAUCGAAAUCAUUCCCAACAAAGAGGAAGGCACCCUGACCCUGGUGGACACGGGCAUCGGCAUGACAAAGGCGGACCUGAUCAACAAUCUGGGUACCAUCGCCAAGUCGGGCACCAAGGCCUUCAUGGAGGCUCUGCAGGCCGGAGCGGACAUCUCCAUGAUCGGUCAGUUUGGCGUGGGGUUCUACUCAGCCUACUUGGUGGCUGAGAAGGUGAAGGUGAUCACCAAGCACAACGACGACGAGCAGUACGUGUGGGAGUCUUCGGCCGGAGGCUCGUUUACAGUCUCAGUGGACCACCACGAGCCAAUCGGACGUGGCACCCGCGUCAUUCUGCAUCUCAAGGAUGACCAGACGGAAUAUCUGGAGGAGCGGAGGAUUAAAGAGAUUGUGAAGAAGCACUCGCAGUUUAUUGGCUACCCCAUCACGCUCUACGUCGAGAAAGAGCGAGACAAGGAGGUGAGUGACGACGAGCUGGAGGAGGAGGACAAGGAGAAAGACAAGGACGAGGAAGAGGAGGAGAAGGACGAGGACAAGCCCGAGAUCGAGGACGUCGGCUCGGACGACGAGCACGACCAUGACAAGUCCUCCGACAAGAAGAAGAAGAAGAAGAUCAAGGAGAAGUACAUCGAUCAGGAGGAGCUGAACAAGACCAAGCCUCUGUGGACGCGGAACCCAGACGACAUCACCAACGAGGAGUACGGCGAGUUCUACAAGAGUCUGACCAACGACUGGGAGGACCACCUGGCUGUCAAGCACUUUUCAGUCGAAGGCCAGCUGGAGUUCCGCGCCCUUCUGUUUGUGCCUCGCCGGGCUCCUUUUGACCUCUUUGAGAACAAGAAGAAGAAGAACAACAUCAAGCUGUAUGUGCGAAGGGUCUUCAUCAUGGACAACUGUGAUGAGCUCAUCCCUGAAUACCUCAAUUUCAUCAAGGGCGUGGUGGACUCUGAGGACCUGCCCCUCAACAUCUCCAGAGAGAUGCUGCAGCAGAGCAAGAUCCUCAAGGUAAUCCGCAAGAACCUGGUCAAGAAAUGCCUGGAGCUCUUUACCGAGCUCGCAGAGGACAAGGAGAACUACAAGAAAUGCUACGAGCAGUUCUCCAAGAACAUCAAGCUCGGCAUCCACGAGGAUUCCCAAAACAGGAAGAAACUAUCCGAGCUGCUAAGGUACUACACCUCAUCCUCUGGAGAUGAGAUGGUGUCCUUGAAGGACUACGUGACGCGCAUGAAGGACAACCAGAAACACAUCUACUACAUCACUGGGGAGACCAAGGACCAGGUGGCCAACUCUGCCUUCGUGGAGCGCCUCCGCAAGGCCGGCCUGGAGGUCAUCUACAUGAUUGAGCCCAUCGACGAGUACUGCGUCCAGCAGCUGAAGGAGUUUGAAGGCAAGAACCUGGUUUCUGUCACCAAGGAAGGCCUGGAGCUGCCUGAGGAUGAGGACGAGAAGAAGAAGCAGGAGGAGAAGAAGGCUCAGUUUGAAAAUCUCUGCAAGAUCAUGAAGGACAUCUUGGAGAAGAAAGUGGAGAAGGUCACCGUCUCCAACCGCCUGGUCUCCUCGCCAUGCUGCAUCGUCACCAGCACCUACGGCUGGACGGCCAACAUGGAGAGGAUCAUGAAGGCCCAGGCACUGAGGGACAACUCCACCAUGGGCUACAUGGCGGCUAAGAAGCACCUGGAGAUCAACCCCGACCACCCCAUCGUGGAGACCUUGAGGGUGAAGGCCGAAGCGGACAAGAACGACAAGUCUGUGAAGGACCUGGUCACACUGCUCUUUGAGACGGCGCUGCUUUCCUCGGGGUUCACGCUGGACGACCCCCAGACCCACUCCAACCGCAUCUUCCGAAUGAUCAAGCUGGGUCUCGGCAUCGACGACGACGAUAUGAUGGCGGACGCCACAGCCACGCCCCCCACUGAGGAGAUGCCCCCGCUUGAAGGUGACGACGACACAUCCAGAAUGGAGGAAGUGGACUAGAACAGCUACUCCUCAGGCAUAAUGCAUAUGUGUAACAAACAUUAGUAUUACACAUGUUUAAAACCUGGAAAUCUUCCCCUUAACUUUUUGAAUUCUUUACGUUUUGUUCAUCAUGCAGUUCUUAUAGUUUCUUUUUGUAUCUUAUCUACUGUUUCUUUAUUUUGUAUUUAUUAAUGUUCCAUGACUAACUGUAAAUACAGUACUACAGAGGUGAUGCUGUUAAAACGGUGGGACACUCUAAUAAAUGUUUAAUGCCACAA